UUUUAUGCAUUGAAGUUGACGGAACAGUUGAUGUGUGCUAGAUAAGUAAUUUCGUGAUUUAAUUAUUAUAAAACGAAAUAAUUACUGUGGAAUCUUUAUUUUUUAAAGUGUUCGAAUGAAAUUCAAAAAAGGCUCAAAGAUGGUCAAUAAAGUACAAGGAAAUAGAAACGCCAAAUUUAGAAAUGGAAAUAAAAACCGAGUGGUUAGUAAUGGAAUAAAGAAAAAAGUCGUUGGCAAACCAAAAGUACAAGAUGCUAGGCAAAAAAUUGUACAGAAAAAAAGAACCACAGUUGUUGAUGCCAGGGAUGUACUGGCAAAGAUUGCAAAGACACAAGAUGCUCGUAGCAAAUUAAAUAAAAUAAGAGAGGUUAGAGGUGGUAAAACCCACACAAAUAAUAAUGUAAAGGUAAUUGGUCACAAUAUAGUUCAAAAAACAGAUCGCAAUGGUAAAAUAAGCCUGUCAACAAACAAACCUAAACCAAAAUCAGAAAUUAAUAUGACCAUUCAGAAACAGUUGGGUAUUAUUUCUGGAAAUCGAACAUCACCUAAGAAGGUGGUUUUUAAAAGAAAUGCAGCAGUUAAUACUCAAAGGGUGAAUACACAAAGGGUUAAUACUCAACGGGAAAAUAUUCAAAGAAGAAACCCAGUAAAUUUAAGAAAAACAAUAAUAAAUCAAAUUGAUUUGGCUCCCUUGGAUGCUAGAUUGGAAAGGAUGGAACGAUUAUAUGAUAGAAGUUUGUAUAAAUGGCAAAACCCUGAAGUUAGAACAGCCACCCAGCUUAUAAAUACUUUGGAACCUCUAAGACCACGUUCCAAGGCAAACAUACUAAGCAAUGGGUGGACAGAAUAUAUACCAAAAGUGGUUCCCAGAUUAGCACCUGCUGCUUAUGUUGACUUAGAUGCAAUGGAUGAAGAUGAAGAAAUGGCUUUGGUACCUCCACUAAGGCAAACUAUUUCUCUACAAGGUUCUUCAAGGGUUUCUGAUAUUUAUUCAAGACUAGACAGUCACCCAUCACAGCCUGAAUCUCAUGGAAUAUUUAGUCAAGCAAAGACUAAGGUUGUUGUGCCUGUUGGACAUCGCAUAGUUGUUUCAAAUUUGCAGUCUACAGUUACACAGGAUGAUAUUAAGGAACUUUUCGAAGACAUCGGUCAACUGUUGGCAGCCAGAUUGGUGCGUCCCGGCGUGGCAGAGGUGAUCUACAAGAACUUAAAGGAUGCCCAAAAAGCCGUGGAUACUUAUCACAACCGCCAGUUGGACGGACAACCCAUGAAAUGUCUAUUGGUAAAUAAGAGACCUUUAAAUCAUCCUACAGCUCCUGCACUAGCUAAGGCAGAUUCACAGGGUAUGCUCGCCGUUAGGAAGGUAAUACAGAAUCCAAAUCCAACAAAUAAGUUAGUGCCUGAUCUUGACACCAUUCACAAGGUGCUCUUUCAGAGGAAGUAAUUUAAACUAAUUAAGUAUUUGGUUUUUAUAUAUUCUAGCAUUAAUUUCCGUAUACGGUUAUUUUGUUUUUUCCCUUAUAAGAAUGUAUAACAUAAUAUGUACAUUUAAUACAAUAAAUAAAAGCGUUUAACAUGG